GGAACAGUGAGAGAAAGAUAGACGAAGAAGUGUUUUGGCCGUUCAUUCGUCUUAUAUAUGGCACACAUCGAGUCGUCGUUACGUUUAUUUGUUGUUUUGAUUCGGAGAUAAUAUGAGAGCAAAAAUGCGGAGAAAAUAAACGCUAAAAGAAUCGGUUUUCAAACAAAACAUCCGUUAAUUAAGAAUUGAAAUGUGGUUUUCGGACAAAACCAAAGUUCACGAGAGUUGAGGCGAAAGAGACGGCGAGCGAUGGCCGAAGAGAAAGAGGAGAAUCUGCUGUACUUCUCGUCGGACAACUCGUUGGGCGACCGGACGUCGCCCUCCACUUCCAUCAACGACAUCGUGAGGGCCGGCAAAGGACUGGUUCGGGCGCGGAAGGGGGCGCUCAAGAAGAAGAACGUGUUCACUGUACAGAAUCACAAAUUCUUACCACGAUUCUUCAAACAGCCCACUUUCUGCUCCCAUUGCAAGGACUUCAUCUGGGGUUUCGGGAAACAAGGAUUCCAGUGUCAGGUGUGUUCAUAUGUGGUGCACAAACGAUGCCACGAGUUUGUGGCCUUCAAGUGCCCGGGAGUGGACAAAGGGGUGGAUUCAGACGACGCCCGGACCAAACACCACUUCAUUGUCCACACCUAUACUUCGCCCACAUUUUGCGAUCACUGCGGAUCUCUUCUCUACGGACUCAUACAUCAGGGCUAUCGGUGUCGGGCGUGCGAUAUGAAUGUCCACAAGAAGUGUCAGGACUCGGUGCCGAAUCUGUGCGGAUGUGAUCACACGGAACGCAGAGGAAGAAUAGAGUUGAAGGUCUACUCAAAUGUGAAUAAACUGUUCUGCGAAGUAAAACAGGCAAAGAAUCUCAUUCCUAUGGAUCCAAACGGAUUAAGCGAUCCUUACGUCAAAUGCAAACUCAUUCCCGACAGCGGAGAGAGUGUGAAACGCAAGACGCGAACAAUUAAAGCCAAUUUGAACCCCGAAUGGGGAGAAACGCUGACCUUUGACCUGAAGCCCGACGACAAAGACCGACGACUGCUGAUCGAGAUGUGGGACUGGGACCGCACCUCUCGCAACGACUUCAUGGGCGCGCUUUCCUUCGGCAUCUCUGAGAUCAUCAAAAAGGAGGCCAACGGUUGGUUCAAACUGUUGACACAAGAAGAGGGCGAGUACUACAACGUUCCGGUGCCGGCGGCCGGCGAAGACCUCAACGAGCAGCAGAACUCGCGACUCAAGUCUGUCAUGUCUUUGGCGCCGAUGAGAGCCGGCUGUAAGUCGCCGACAGACGUUCCGCAACACACGUCGGAUAUACCGCACAAUAUGGGGAAACACGAUGUGAUCCGAGCGUCGGAUUUCAACUACAUUAUGGUCUUAGGAAAGGGAAGCUUCGGGAAAGUGAUGCUCGCGGAGAGGAAGGGAACCGACGAACUCUACGCCGUGAAGAUCCUGAAGAAGGAUAUCAUCAUUCAAGACGACGACGUCGAGUGCGCGAUGAUUGAGAAGCGAGUGCUGGCGUUGGCAGAGAAGCCGCCGUUUCUCGUGCAGUUGCACUCGUGCUUCCAAACCAUGGAUAGACUGUACUUUGUUAUGGAGUACGUCAACGGCGGAGAUCUCAUGUUUCAGAUCCAACAAUGCGGCAAAUUCAAGGAACCAAUCGCUGUGUUCUACUCGGCGGAGAUCGCGAUCGGCCUCUUCUACCUUCACUCGCGAGGAAUCGUCUAUCGAGACCUCAAGUUAGACAACGUGCUGUUGGACGCGGACGGACACAUCAAGAUCGCCGACUUCGGGAUGUGUAAGGAGAGUAUAUUCGGCGACAAAACGACCAAAACAUUUUGCGGAACUCCCGACUACAUCGCGCCGGAAAUCAUUCUGUACCAGCCCUACGGCAAAUCGGUCGACUGGUGGGCGUUCGGAGUGCUCUUGUAUGAGAUGCUCGUCGGACAGCCGCCCUUCGAUGGCGAAGACGAAGAGGAACUCUUUGCCUCCAUUACCGACCAUAACGUCAGUUAUCCCAAAGCGCUGUCAAAAGAGGCCAAAGAAGUUUGCAAAGGCUUUCUCACGAAGAAUCCGCAGAAGAGGUUGGGCUGCGGCGAGACGGGAGAGCCCAACGUUCGGACGCAUCCCUUCUUUCGGCGCAUCGAUUGGGAAAAGAUCGGCAAUCGAGAGGUUCAGCCGCCGUUCAAACCCAAAAUCAAACACCGAAAAGAUGUCUCUAAUUUCGACAAACAGUUCACAUCUGAGAAGACAGAUCUGACGCCAACCGACAAACUGUUCAUGAUGAAUUUGGACCAAACAGAGUUCUCCAACUUCUCGUUUCUCAAUCCGGAGUUCGUUCAACACAUAUAACACUUCAAAUCUAAUCCUUAAUUAAAAGACAGUUUUCACACAAUUAUUCAUAAAAACGACACAAAAUAUGGCGAAAAAUUGAUACAAAAAACAUGAUAUUUUAUUUUCAAAGACUUGUCUGAAUGGCAAACAAAUGUAAAUCAUUUAAUUUGAAAAUCAGUGCCAAAAUACAAUUGAUUUCUGCGCUUAAGAGGGGCUUCCAAAUGGAAAAAUAAGAGAUGAAGAAUGGAUGAGAAAGAAGCGAUUCAGCAGUUAUUGAGUAAAUGAAACUCAAAAGCCAUAAGAGUUUGCACUUUUCAAACGAUAAAUUCAUUUUAUGAAUGAAUGGCAAAAAGUGAUGCUUUUUGACAAAAUUAUAAAUGAAUUAAAUAAUAAACAAAACUAUAUUUCUAUUUUGUGUUUAACAUUCAGCACAU